CUCGCAAGCGCUCCUACGAAUGCAUGAUCAAUGGUGAUAAUGAUGUCGAUGACCCUGUCCUAGAGACGGGUGCGGCAACCCGUGAUGAAUGCGAGGAGUUACCCGUCGAGCAGUUUGACAACUUGAUUGCGAGCAAUGGCGAGCUCAAUGGUAGGAUCUCUAUGUAUAGCCGUGGUGGGGCGGGAUCCAGAAAGCGAAGCACUAACGCGACGAGUUGAUCUGACGCUGCAGGCUUCCCAAUGGCGCGAUCUAUCACCACACAUGCAGGUUGAAGUCUUCGAGAACGUGGAGGAAAGCCAUAGUCGACCCGCCAGGAUCUUGCUUGGGAUCUCGGAAGAGGAGAUGAAGGAGCUAGAGUACAAUCGAGGACUUCGCGCGAAGCAGCUGGAGAAGGAAGACCGGCUCCUGGAGGCAAUGCGUGCGGAGCAGCUCAGAGCGAUUCUUCGGACCAACAAUGUCACCCCGCGAGCCAGUCAGGUUCAGCCGAAACUGGCAUGCCAGAUGGUUCUGCGAAGGUACCUUCGCAAGAUUAAGGGGGCUGUCGCACUGGAUUUCCUGAUCUGCCCAGCCGAUGAGGUACUCCGCGCUCGAAGGUUUCUGCUGAAGCGUGAGUUGGACGGGAGACUUGCAGGCGAUUGGACGGGUUGUACGACUGGAUUGCAGGUUUCGGCCGAUGAUCUGCGUCGUGGGUUAGAAAAGAGCAUUGUACCUGAGCCUCGUCCCUCUGAUUCAUCUGGCAUGAGCUCCGCGGGUGAUGCUGCAAUUGAUAACAGAACGUUGCGAGUGACCGAUAGAACUUCGGUUCAGGUAUCCUUGAUCAACUGCAUUGGUACAAAGAGCCCAUCUAUGCUGAAGGAUAUCUUGUCAUGCCAGGGUCAUGUCAACGAUCCUCCGAGAUGGCUGCUUCUCUGUCAUCGGGACACAAGCAAGAACUUUCACCAUCCCAAUUGGGACAAUCAUGUCGAAACUCGCCUUAUCAGUGAGGAAAAGUUGGCUCAGAGAACACAUCCCGAGUUGCAGUACAUACAACCAAAGAAUAGCUUCAAGGAGUUUCCUCCACUAAGUUGGAUUUUCUUCGAGCGUUGUGGUCCGAUACUUGCCACACGAAAAAGCGACACUACCACAACGUCCGGUGCGAACGAGCACCACCAGAGACAUCCUGACGCCUCGACUGGAACAUCCCAGAGAGCAGCUAGUGGGUCCAUGUCAAUUGGCUCGGGCCAGCCCGGUGGGAUGAGACGUAUGACAGUCUCCAUGCGUAUCAGAAAUCAGAUCAACGGAAUGGUGGUGGAAGCACACAAGAGAAUGUCAAAAGGAGCAGCCAGGGAAGCCCAGCAAGAUGAACCAUCCAGAUCCCGCAAAUUGCUACCUGAAGAAAUAUGGACCCCUCCUACAAGUCCUUCUCAAGUGCUUCGCAGGACAGAUCUUAUGUCGCUACAAGAUAGUGACAAUGAUGCCUUCUCUGAAAGCGCGGAAUAUCCGAGAAUUGAGGAUACGCAGGCGGAAUCGUCUGAGAGCGUAAAGGAUGAUAUGCUCAGUCAAGAAACAGAGGCGUCAUCACAUACCACCUGCGAGCUAGACCCCGGAUUAGAAGCAGAGGAGCAAUCAAACAGCGCCAAGCCGGACGUUGAUACAAGGUCUGAAAGCGAAUCCGUCGGAAGUGAUGCAGAAGAAUGUGAUACUGCGGACGAAAUGAUCCUUGUGCAGGUACCAAUCUAAUCCGUGGUUUGCCGAUGGAAUUGAACCACGCCGAUAAGGGUGUGUUGACUGCGGCAAUCAAAGGACAGCCCCAUCCCAUCUGGUCCCA